UCGAACCGAAAAGAGACAACUCGCUCGCUCGUUUGAACAAUUUAUGGCUUCAUCGGUAAGUAAUAUCGACCAUAUUUUCAGUAAAGAGGCCAACUGUCCUAUCUGUUUGGAAGAAUAUGUUGAGCCAAAGGUUUUACGUUGCCUUCACAACAUUUGUAAGAAAUGUCUGAAAGAACUGUUACAUCACCAUACGUUGAGUUUUCGCUGUCCGAUCUGUCGUGCUGUUUGUCCUAUUCCUGACCGCGGAGUUGAUGGUUUUCCUACAAAUGAUUAUUUAGCACGUUUAAUUCGAGAUUCGCCGGCCAAGAAAGUUAUUCAAGAGAUCAGGAAAGUAUUGAAAGACUGCAGUGGAAAACUGGCGAUCGUGCGAAAAAUCUACGAGGAGGCUCGUAAUAACAUAGAACAACAAGGAGAACUAAUCAAGCGCAAAAUUCGCGAAGAUUUUGAGAACCUCGUCGAAGUUCUACGAAAGCAAGAAGCAGCGUUGUGCGCUGAAGUCGACAAUUUAGUGGAGAAAGAAGAAAAGAAACAUCCAGCAUGUUUUCUAACCUUACAAACAGAGACUUUAUUGACUCAUAUCGAGGGUUCCUUUAAAUUACGAGAUGCUUUAGACGUAGCAAAUGAUAAAGAGCAUUUGUUAAACAGAAUUAGAGAUGCAAAUGUUGCGUGUACCAAGUUGAGUCAUUUGCAUUCUGCUUCUGAGACGGAAAAGACGAAAGAUUUGUUCGAAUUUAUGGCAAACAAAGAAGUUCUUCAGUGUGUCAGUGGAAACAUGUUUGGAAGUGUAGGCUUGAAGGGACAAUUAACAUCUUCAAACAUGUUAAUCAGUUCACCUGACUCGGGUGACUUGGAAAGCCUUGAAGUUCUUAAACCUGGUACAAGAUUUCAUUCUCUUAAUAUACCACAGCCUUUAAAACGAAAGUUUCAGCCAUUCUCAGUGGCAAUAAACGAUGAAGGUAAUAUUGCACUGAGUGAUCAAGGAAAUCAUGCUGUGUUGAUAUACAGCAAACAAGGAGAGUUUAUGGCUUGUAUUGGUAGACGAGGAUCAAAAGACGGAAGCCUUGAAUCGCCAACUGGAGUGACAUUUCUAACGAGACAUUUGAUCGCCGUUGCUGACGGCUGUUUGUUUGGUAAUCCAGCACGGAUUCAAGCAUUUGAUAGUUCAGGUAGAUUCACACGCUGUCUCGUUAAGUUGGCUUCUAACUCUCAUUGGUUCACUCGCAUCACUAACGUAAAUGAAGAGCAAAUUUUAGUCACGUGCACACCUGUAAUGCAAGGCCAUGAGUCGUGUAUUAAGGUGUUCAACACAAGUGGAGAGGAACUCCUUUGUUUUGGGACAAGCCUCUCAGGAAAACUACUUCACCCCUUAAAAGCUGUCGAACUCAACAACGAGUUUUUCGUGUCAGAUGUUGACAAGAAAAACAAUCGUUGCAUGGUGAGUGUGUUUGACCACGAGGGUAAGUACCUGAGGGCAUUUGGCGAAUGUAUGCUGAAAAAAGAUCCAAAUGAACGUGCCUUCUAUCCGCUUGUGAUCGCACUAGACGAAGCAGGUAGCAAAGUGCUUGCAUACAGUGGGUUGUACAAGUUGGUUCGUUGUUAUUUGCCGAAUGGUUCAUUGGAAUCUUACUACAGUACACUGCCUGGAAUCACUGACAUAGCUGUCACUGAUGAUGGCAGGGUAUUUGUGGUUUGUGGAGGGGCUGGUGAAUUUCCUCACAGUGUUCAAAUUAUAUUCCAUUACUGAAGACAACCAUGAAGAACCAAUGAGUUGGUUGCUUGCGGAAAGCAAUCUAGAUUACAUAUUUCCCCUUUUAUUUUGAUUUUUUCGGUUUAUUUUGAUUUUUUGAUAACAAUUUUUUAAACAUCCUAUGCCUUUUAAAUGAAGUGGUAUAAGUAAACACUGAACGCAUGCGAGGACUCAUUCAGAAAAGCGGGGAGUUUCUUUCUUUCAAAGACCAAUGACAAUGACUUCCUUGGUCACGAACAGACUUAAAAGCGACUAAAGAGUAAGUGUGGUUACGACUUAAACGCGCUUUUAACGUGAAACGCUGAAGUUUUUCGUUUUUAUUUUUGCAAACCCGGGUUUAAGAAAUUACACCGUAUUUUUCUCUCGGCCUGUAUGACUGUUUAUUCAAACAAUGUUCAGCUGUUCAACAAAACCGCUCUCUGAUCCAUCUUUAGUGUCACCACUAACACUGGAUUAACAUUCAUUUUAAACAAAUCGUUUAAAGCGAUAUCUCGAGUUCUAUUGAUGUUUUGUACUCGAGGCUGAGUUAGUUUUUUUAGUUUCUGGCAUUUAGAGACCUCCAUUUUGCACUCCAGUUACCUCGUUAAGUGUGGCACGUGUAAAACACUCAGCACCACAGGGUUUAAAAUAUCUGAUUUUAAGAUUAUCUGCUUUCGACAUUUUGACAUAGUGCGCAUCGUCUGAUUGGUCAAUUCAGUUUCCAAGCAGAUGUUUUAUAAGGUUAUAGAGCCCGCAUGUAACUAGUUAUGUAAUAAAAGCAAUAGAGCGCAUUUUCCGGGCUCUGUGACGAGACAAAGCCACUUGGGAUGUUGGGAGAACACGAGGAAAGCUUUUUAAUUACUCGCCUUCGGCUCGCGAUCUAUGAGUUUUCCUCGUGUUCCCCCAACAUCCCAAGUAGCAAGUAUCACGCUAUAGAUCCUGGAGAAAUUAGUUGAUCAGGGUGAAUAUAAAUCUGUGGUGAAUAACAGUAAGUUUUUAACGACUGGCUAUCAUUUUGUAUUUCAUUUUGUUUCACAAUCGCAUUCUGAGCUGCCAAUCACUUGUCUCACCAUCUCUCACGAAUUGUUUUAAUAGCCUAAAUUAUACACGUAUUUUGAUUGGCUGUUAUGAUUUGUCGGAGAACAGAAGCAAAGAUGACGUCAUCAUUAAAUUUAAUUUUUAGAAGAUAGCGAGUAGCUUAGCCAAUCAGAUUACAGAGUUCAUAAUAGAAUGCUGUUAGUUAUAUACUAAAUCAGGAACAAAAUUUGACAGAAGGAACUCUUAAAAUUUACUAAAGAAUGUUCGAAUUUGUCAUUAUGUUGUACAAAAGUUAUCUUUAACGAAGGCGCAUUUUGAACGAGAUUUUAUUAGAUAAUAUAAUCCACAAUUUACAGGCAUUUUACGCUGAACAUUUUAUAAUUUAAUCUGUCGGUACUGAAGGUGAUGUUUUGUACUAUUCUUUUUCACACAAUUUUGUAAAUAGCCCAUUAAGGAAAACCUGUGUAUUUUUUACAAUUUUAUUCACUGUAUUUACAAAAUGUUUUAAAUGUUUGUUGUCUCACAGUACAAUUUAUAGAUAUUGGGCCGGCCACUAC